GUUUCAUUUCUGUUGGUACGUCCGCAUACACACAAGCGCGCUCACGCUUUUUUUUUCAUCGCGAGCCGGUCAAGAUGGCGGCGGCACUGCCGAGACGGAGCAGCCGCUCGGCUUAAUCGAUCUUUUUCUCUAAAUCGCCGGAUAGAAAUCGACCAAAUCAUACGCCUCAACUUUUCGGUAUACCGCCCAGUCUUCGUUUAGAUAUCCUCCGUGAAAUCAUACCGCGUUAAACGGGUGUUUUAACGGAAAAUGCUCAGCCUCUAGUUUAUGUGUAUCGUCCAUUAGCUUGUAUUGGGGAGAAUGGGGGAGAAGCUGGAGUUAAAGCUGAAGUCGCCGGUCGGAGCCGAAGCUGCAGGCUACCCGUGGCCCUUACCUGUAUAUGAUAAACACCAUGAUGCUGCACAUGAAAUCAUCGAAACUAUCCGCUGGGUGUGUGAGGAGAUCCCAGAUCUUAAGCUGGCCAUGGAGAACUAUGUUCUUAUUGACUAUGACACCAAGAGCUUUGAGAGUAUGCAGAGACUGUGCGACAAAUACAACAGAGCUAUUGACAGCAUUCACCAGCUGUGGAAAGGAACCACCCAGCCCAUGAAACUCAACAAGCGGCCUUCUAACGGCCUGUUGCGUCACAUCCUGCAGCAGGUCUACAACCACUCCGUCACCGACCCGGAGAAACUCAACAACUACGAACCCUUCUCUCCCGAAGUGUACGGAGAGACCUCAUUUGACCUGGUGGCGCAGAUCAUCGACGAGAUGGAGAUGAUGGACGAAGACACCUUUGUGGAUUUGGGAAGCGGUGUUGGUCAGGUUGUUCUGCAGGUCGCUGCUGCCACUAAUUGUAAACACUACUACGGCGUGGAGAAAGCAGACAUUCCAGCAACCUAUGCAGAGUCGAUGGACGGAGAGUUCAAGCGGUGGAUGAAGUGGUAUGGCAAAAAGCACGGCGAGUACACGCUGGAAAGAGGAGAUUUUCUCUCGGAAGAGUGGAAGGAACGAAUAGCCAACACAAGUGUUAUUUUUGUGAAUAACUUUGCCUUUGGUCCUGAGGUGGACCACCAGCUGAAGGAACGUUUCGCCAACAUGAAGGAAGGUGGAAAAAUUGUUUCCUCAAAACCCUUUGCACCUCUUAACUUCAGAAUAAACAGCCGAAACUUGAGCGAUAUUGGCACAAUAAUGCGAGUUGUUGAGCUGUCGCCGUUGAGGGGGUCAGUUUCAUGGACGGGAAAGCCAGUGUCAUACUAUCUGCAUACAAUAGACCGCACCAUACUUGAAAACUACUUUUCUAGUCUCAAAAAUCCUAAACUCAGGGAAGAGCAAGAGAACGCCAGGAGGCGCCAACAGAAAGAAAACAAGAGCAACACCACCACACCCACCAAACCCAAGGAGCACAAGACACAGCAUGAAUCCAGGGUUGAAGACGAGCGCUCAAACUCGCUCUUGGCCGUGAAGCCAGUGCCCAAACCCCGCCGCGCCAGACUGCUGGCUAGAGGCCGCAAGCUAGGCAACAGGAAGCGCGGGAGACCCAAGAAAGCCGCCACUGCGACCGCAGCAGAACGCAAGAAGAGCCAGAGCGCCCUAGACCUGUUGCACGCUAAGACCCUCUCCGCCGCCCCGUCUAAGGAUGGAUACAAGUCACCUCACAGCCCGUUUUAUCCGCUACCUCCUAAAGUUCACCAUUAUACGUCAAACCAGCAUCUCCUGGGCCCGACUCCACCAGGCUUGCAGGCUCUUCUCGAUAACAUCAAAGUCCAGUAUCUGCAGUUCAUGUCCUACAUGAAGACUCCACAGUACCGCACCAGCCUGCAACAAGCGCUUGAACAGGAGAAGCUGAGACACACGGAGCUGUCAUGUCAAGCCCAGCAACUGCUCAACGCUUGUCAUUCUCAUAAAGAGAGGAUCAGAGAUCUUUUCCAGUCCAAACUAGAGGAGCUGGGCGUGAGGGCCGUGACUGUGGAGGACCUGGUGCAAGCUCAGAAGGAGAUCACAGCCCACAACAUGCAGCUGAGGGAACAAACCAAACAGCUGGAGAGAGACAUGGUCGAGCUUCGGGACCAGAGUUUGGUGCUGUUAAGGUCUCGGUGUGAGGAGCUCAAGCUGGAUUGGGGUUCUCUGUGUUUGGAGACGCUGUUGAAAGAGAAAGCAGCUCUGCGAAGGCAGAUCUCGGAGAAACAGCGCCACUGUCUGGAGCUCCAGAUCAGCAUCGUUGAACUUGAGAAGAGCCAGAGACAACAAGAACUUCUGCAGCUCAAGUCGUCCUACAGCCCAUGUGAUGUAUCCCCAUACCGAAGGUCCAUACCCGGAAUGGAUCCUCGCCCCAACCUGGAGACCGACACCCCGAAACUCACCCCUCAAGUUGGGCUCAACGGCCUCAGCCCCGAGCUAUCUAUCAACGGCACUGCCUCGCCCGGCUACGACAGAUACGGUGGCGCUGGAAUGGCCAAGAACGAGCUUCUCACCCGCUACCUGCCCAUUUCUCCCGACCACGAGAUAGUGCCGCCCACCCCAGACCCGAGAACAAGGCAGCUAGGGCAACCCCAGCCCGACUACACCCGCUAUUCUCCGGCUAAGAUCGCCCUUCGCAGACACCUCAACCAGGAUUCGGCUGCCAAUCAGUUUCGAUUGCUAGGAAACAUCCACAGGGGUGACGGUGGUGCGAUUUCAUCUCCGACUCUGGGAUUAAAACAGGCUUGCUCCUCACCAAAUUCUUCUGAUAUUCCAGUGAACACCACACCCAAGAGCACAGAUAGGGCCGAUAAGGAGAAGAGCCCUGCUGCCCCGGGUGACACCAUCACGAGUCUGCCAAUCAGCAUCCCCCUCAGCACUGUGCAUCCCAACAAACUUCCUGUCAGCAUCCCGCUGGCCAGCGUGGUGCUACCUAACCGUGCUGAAAGACUGUUGAACACUCCUAGUCCAGUGUCCAAUCGUGAAGUAACAGGACAAAGCAACGGUAAGCCACCUCUCACGCUUACCUCGGAAAAAUCCCACUUAAUUUUAAUUUUUGUGCUAACCUACUUCCUCCUCACAGGGUACUCCUCCAGCUCAGGGUUGGUGAAUGGCUCUCACUCCGCCAUGUUGACGGAGGAUCAAGACUGCGACGUCCCUUCCCCUCCCCCCCACAGCACUCCCGUCACUGGCCUCCCGCCCCGAGGCUCCGGCCUCAGUUCUCCUCUGGGCACCGGCGGGGUGCUGCAGUAUGCUGACGGCCCGCCCAGACUCCCUGCCGAGGACGGCCACGACCGCCCAGGCCCGGAAUCCGACACGGAACCUUUGGACAGUGAAGCUCGUCGUCGCAUCUUUUUCUCCUCAUCCUCUUCUUCCUCUUCGUCAUCGUCCUCCACGGGAGGUUCCCGGAUGCAUCACGGGUCGGUAAAACAGGGUCACCAUCAUCACAGUAAGCAUCAUAACCACCAUCACCACCAUCAUCAAUCGUCAGGAUCCCACGGGCAAGAGGGACGCAAACGCGGCCGGCGGAAGCGAAGCUCGUCCGGGGCCGUGCCCGCCAGCAGCUCCCCCAAGAGAAGGUCGUUGCCAGGGAUUGGCUGCUCGAGUCAUUCCUCUGGAUCUCCUCUUAAUAUUAAUUCUAUGGUAAACAACAUUAACCAGCCUUUAGAGAUCUCAGCCAUCUCCUCCCCUGAGCAGUCAGGCCGAAGCCCAUGCGGUCCAGAUCUGGAUCAGCCACCUGUGCUCAAAAGAGAGCGCCCUCUAGAGCUCAACAACACAGGACGCUAUUCAUCCGCACCCAGCUCAGAUGAAGAAGGUGCUACCUUUGCCCCAGACGGCUCCAAUUCAAACCGAAUUGAAAGAAAAAUUUCUACCAUUUCUUUAGACAGAGAUGGACAAAUCAGAGAUGCGGAAAUGGGUUCACAGGGCCGUAAAUCGGGUGCCAGCAGCGUAAGCAGCGAGGUUUCCUCUUCCUCAGGUGCCAGUAAGUGGAAAUCCACCUUCUCCCCCAUCUCUGAUCCCAAGCCCACCCCUUCAGACCUCCGCCAGGGGGACCCACCCUUCGGCGUGGGGGCCUCCCGCGGCGCCGGAGGGGGCACGGACUCUGACUCGGACCAGAAACAGAGGAGAGGUGAACGCGAGCCUUACGCAAACCCUAACCUCUUCCUCAGUCAGGAAGGCUGCGGUCGCUCGGUGGUGAACGCGUCUGAGCGGCCUCCCCAAAAACAGAAAUCGAGGGAUUGGGACCUGAAAUCUGUGAGUGGAUUGGCCAGCCAGAAUCUCUUUAUAUCUGCUGCAGCCAGUGGAGGCAUCUUAAGUGGGAAAGUGGGUGGAGCCACUACCGUUUCCUCCUCUCCCUCAGUGGGGCAGUACUUCCCCCUGGGCGGGGCUUCUGUCCUGCAGUCCUUAUUUGGAGCUCAGGUGCCUGGAUCAGCCACCAGCGGAGCCCCGCGAUUGGUCAACGGACAUACGACGCUGGGAAGUUUCUCCAGUGCCGGGCUGGCAGGGGGCGCUGCAGGAGGGAUUUUUCACCACUUGGUGCCUUCAGUCUCUUCUCAGCAGUCCGGGGCAAAUCUCGGCUCCCAGCAGAGGCAUUUGGACACUAACCCCAAGCCGGGGGCUUCGUUCUUGCCCUCCGGCUCUUCGCAGCCCAGCCGCACACAGACAGUUCUGCACGCGCCCUCCCCGCCCGCCCAUUCCCUUCCCCCGCCCCCUCUGCUCCUCAACACCACAUCUUCCUCCGCCCCUUCCCAACCCUCCUCCCCAUCGCUGACCGCUGCUUCUACCAACACCUCCGGUUCAUCUCGGCCCUUUGCUGUGCACUACUCCCCGCACCUCCUGCCUCCGCACCCCCCGAGCAGUGCAGGUUCAGGUGGGGCCGGGGCCUUGGGCUCUUGGAGGACUCUGGGUAUGCAGGCGUCCUACGCGGCCUCGCAGAACCCCGGAAGUCGGCCUAGAUAGGACUCGGCAGAGUGUGGGAGGGGGGAGGGAUUUGGGCUGAAAUGGGAAGAGACUCUUACUAGGAGGAUACAGGGAAGCUGCUGCGUUGUUAUGAGUCCAAACAAGGUAACUGACGAAAUCUACCUCAACCCAACUUAACCUAUGCAAUGGACAGACGUGGACCAAUGGGCUCAACGCUCACCGGUGCUCAAACGUUUGCUAAAGCCGCCACUGUAACACUGGUUUGGGUAUCUGAACCGAUCUAAGGUGCAGCUCCAUAGAAACACCCCCCCCCUCAUAAAUCAUAUUCAGAUUUACGUGUGUAAAUUCCUUUUUAGGGUAGCACCAUGCUGGGGUGAGCUUACAGUUAUGAAUUAUUCAUUAUUAUUUAACAAGGCCUUACAGAUGCUUGGAUUACAUUUAAGUUCAUGUUUUGGGAACUCAAUCUAAAUUUUUAGUGGUUUCACAAUGGAUCAUGUUCUCCGGGUUGGGAAGUGUUUUACAUGUUAGGAAUGCUGUUUCUAGUCACAUGGGCCGUACACACACAGAAAAAUAUUUGUGAAUCUUUAUAACCUUGCUGCUGUUAUCAAUGGAAACAAAUGUGGCUUUUAUGAGGAACUCUUUAUCGGGUGAAAUGUUUGAAGCACCGUAUCUAAAGUUUGAAACUGUUUUCUAAUCCCCAUGCAAGGAUUUCAUCCUUAUAGCUUGAGCUUGUCAGACUCCCCAUGCUUGGAACGUUUUUUUUUUGUUUCAGCAAUAAACCCGUUUUAUAGCAGCAUAUCAUCUUAAAUUUUACUGGCCAUCUAUAGGAAUAUGAAAAAGAUAUGAAGAAACCACAAGCUCUGGCUGUAUAAGGGUGAAACUCUCAUAAACAUCUUGUGAGUCAUAUUUUACUCCAAAAUCAUGUUUUGUCCAAAGUCAUGCAAAGGACCUUAAUUUAUUUGAUUAUUUAUUGCAUUUUUUACACCGCGUUUUGUGACUUUUUCAUUUGUCAUUUUUUGUUCUUGUAAUGUAGAAAAGAAUCUCAUUGCUGUAAUGCAUCUGGAUGUUUUAACAUUUACGUAAAUCAUUACAGUAAUGAGAUUUGUUCACAUUACAGUAUUGAUGGAUAUGUGCUUUAUUGAAAAAUCAAUCCAAAAUUAAUCUUUACAUUAAAAAUGUCUUCAUGCCAUUUAUUUUGAUCGGUUUUAGGGUAAAAUAUGACCUGUACAUGUUCUUGACAAACGUAAAAAGAUACACCUGUAAUUAAUUCAUGUUUUAAUUUUUACACUGGAUAUCUUUACCUGUGGAGCAGUUUUUUGCAAUCAUAACGGCAUGCAUCAUUUUAAUACUUGCGUGCUUUUAUUUGUCAUAGGGAUAGACUAUUAAUGUUUUACACAGCGUGAAUAUUCAAUCGAAUUUUCAUUGUAUAUACAACCUACACAACUGCACCUUCCCGGAAAGACACAAAUAUUCAAGCAAUCUGCAGGGAAUGAGCCACAGAAUGAGCAGAUGCCUGUAAGAAGUUGUUUUGAAACCAAGUUAGCUAACCAAUCACUACGUUCACUGCAGCUUUUGGUGAUCAGUCGAGUUUGUUUUAAUACUCAAGCUUCCAUACUCUCAACGGUUUCCGGUGAACCUUACAAUACAAUGCACGUUUUGUUAAAUCUGGGUGCAGUGUCUUACACGGUACAGGCUUAUUCAGGUGAAUCUGGUGCUGAACCAUUUCCUCGCAGAUCUUACAAAGAAACAAGUGUUUUCCUUCGGAUGUCAUGGUGCUUUCUGCUACCUGGAAAACCAGCACAGAGCACACACUCGUACAUGAACCUAAACGUACACACUGGGGAAAUGCAAAAUGAUUACAAAACAAGUAAAAGAAACUACUGGGCAACUUCAACUCAUCCUUGCAUUUCCUUUGUGUAUUUUAUUCUGCGUUUUUUUUGUACUGUGAAUGAUGAUGUCUCUCAGACUAUAAUUGUAUAUAAUUUGGGGUUAUUUAUCAUUUGAAUCAUUUUGUUGUUGAUUUUGUUUGCGAUUGCUCUUUGUUUUGUGUCGGAGCACAAGUGUUUGUACUUGACUCGCGGUCUGAAAAACUAUGGUGCUACUGUCUGUACAACUUUAGACUGUGCUUAUUUAUAUUCAGAACAUCAACGGAAAAAGAAACGAAUAAAGAUUCUUGGUGCUUCUUUUAAACAGGGAUGUUUUCAAGCCUUGCGGCAUUUAUUUCUUUGAUAUUUAUGAUGUAAUGGUGUUACGUGACGCCUUGCAUGAAGCAGACCCUGCUUGUAUGGACAGUGCCGGUUUUAUACAGAAGAAACACCUUUUGGUCUUAAGAGCCGAAUACUUACACGUGGAAGAUCACACGUCGCAGAACUUUAUUUUGAAGAUUUUUUUAUUGACUUAAAUGGUGCUCGUGUCUGAAUUCCGAACCUGCCGAUGCUUAAAGCGUGACUUGACUGUUCAUGGCUUGUAUAAAAAAACUAAACUGGUGCCAUAUGGCAUUUAGUUGCUUUUAUUUCUUGACUUUUGGCGUUCGCAUAAAUGAGUGCGUGUUAAAUUUAUUUUACUACUUUAUUAGGCCCAGGCGGCUUGGUGCUGACAGUUCGCCCAAAUAUGAAAAUGAGUCGUUUACUCACCCUCAUGUUUUCCCAAACCAAAGUCUCACACAACUUGGAAUUAGGUGCAUGAGCACGUUUUGAAGCUUGAAAGCUCUAGUCCCCAUUCACUGUAAUUGCAAGAAAAUGUCAGUUCUUCAAAUCAUCUUUUGCACUAAACCAAACGCGUAUGGUUCUUGGGUGUCAUGAUGAUGAGCAAACAAUGGCUUUUUAUUUUGGGAUGAAAUAUUCAUUGUAUUGUUUUCCACAAUGUAACACAAACAGCUUCAUCUUAUUAAAACUCAUGCUGCUGUUUGCACGGAUGUCAGAUGUGCCCAUACCAAAAGCUACAAUCCACUAUCAAAGCAUGUCCUAGACCUAGAGUGUGUUGCGUGUAUAUUAGAGUUUAAACUUUCUUGCGUAUCGUAGUGACGUGUGGUUAUUUUGAUGUGACCAUAGAGGUGGUUAGUGCGCUUGUACUAGUGAUAAACCGAUGUCUGUUUUUAAUGACCGAUAUAAUAUUAACUAAAUAAUAUUUUUAAGCCGAUUCCUUUAUACCUUCUCAUAACUUUAUUCAAUUCUCAUAAUCGCAAAAUACCGACCUGCCCGAUAUAUCGGUCUGUCACUAGCUACUGCAGUGUUGCAAAUGGAGACAAAGCAGGAUUAAACCUACUUAUAGUUUGCGUCCUUUUUUUCUUUAUCAUGUAUUUUUGUGUUUUGCUUUUGAGUAUGUGCUCAAGGAAAAAAUCAACCUCACCCAAGCUUUGUAGUCAAAAUGCUGUUUAAUAGAUGAUGGUGUAAAAAAUAAGAAUAUUGUGUAAUGGUCUUUCUGUAAACUAAGGACUUUUGAUGAAAUAGGAUUUUGACCAGUAAACAAGUCCAUUGUUACCAGCACUGAGGUUUUAUUUGUAGUGAUUAAUAAUCAUUGUUAAUGUUACCUGUUUCAAUGGCCAAUUUGUGUUUUGAUAUAUUUGCGACUGUUUUUCAAUGUUGGUUUUGUUAUGGUUUCAUAAUCCUGAGUACAACAGUAAAGGUGCUCUCCUACACUUUAAACAAGGAAAUGCAGCUAUGAAAUCCAUACGCCUCUUACGUUGUGCUAAAGAGGCGGAAACAUUUAAAAAACGUCAAUGCAAGCUUGGCUUGUUUACUUAUUCUGAUGUCUCAUUUGAACUCUUUAGUUCUGAAAAUUGAUGUUUCGUUAUUUAAAAUUGAAAACAGUUCAUCAUUCUCGCAGAUGUUGCAUUUUCUCAGGUACGUGUACAAGGUCGUAUAUUGCAUAUGGCAACUUGAGUCCUUUGACAUGUUGUCAGAUUUGAAAUAUGUAAACUCGUAGAUUGUUUCUAGUGUCUCAGGAAAACCAGUUUAAAACAUUAGCUGUCUUCAUACCAGACAAAUAUUAAUGAAUAUUGACAGGGAGGGAAGGGGUUAACCUUUUUUGAGUUUGCUUUACUGCACAUUAUUUUCCUGUGAUUGCGAUUUCAAUUAAUAAUACAUAUGCGCUCAAAGUUUAUAUGAGCUUUAAUUGAAAUAUUUGCCUUAAAUAAAAAAAAUAUAAUACCUAUUCCUAUUUUCACAGAGUCACUCUUUGGUAGAAAGUAAAUAAUUGUGCAUUAACAGCAAACUCUUAGUUGUCACAUUCGUCUCAAUAUGUUUGGUGCUUUCAUCAUAAUGCCUGAUUCUAUUCAUAUUUUAAAUUGCAGCUUUUGUUUAGUGAUAUUAAUAAAGUGUUUAUAAAAAAAAUCUAAAUUUGAUCUGUUUCUUUGCAUUUUUUGGUGAAUAAACUAGACGGAAGUAAUUCAUAUUCUCUUACACCCAUAAUUGUCAUCGCAAUUUUUACAAGAUUUGCAAACUGUGCUUUAGAUUGUACUGUAAGAUUGCCAUACCAAAUUUGCAUACCAUAAUUUACCAGACUUCCUAAAACUGCUUGAUAAAAUAACAUAAUACCCCGACUUACUCCUACCAACCUACGUCUUAAAAAAUAUAAUCGUUGUUGGAAUUUUGAGCAGAGGUGAUGUAGAACAUAAUUUGCAAGAAAUGUAAUAUCAGUACAUAUCCAAUCAUACACAAAUGUUAGUUAUAGAACAGAUUGAACUGUUUGCGUUCUUAUUUGACCUGAAGUAGACCUUUGUGUUUUGAGAAGUACCUCUCACCACUGUUAAUGUUUACCAGUUGGCAUUGCCCCGAUUGUUUGUAUUUGGCAAAACCAAAUGAUGUCCAUCUACUAUAGUGAACUGCAACUAUAUAAUAGCAGUAAAGUUAUAAUAACAUGGUUAUGAUAACCCAUUAAUAUGUCUUUUCUAGAAUGAGGGCGUAUACAAAAUACUCAUUAUGUUCUGUUAAAGAUGCUGGAUAUUAAAUGCUUUUUUCUCAUUUCGAAUUCCAGUUAUGGUAAACUAUCUAGCAUUGUGUCCCGUGUUAUUCAUGCCAGUUCUCAGCCAUUCCUUUGGGCCAUAGAUCCUAGCCUUAUCUCUUAGGUCUGAUGAAACACCUAGUGCUCGAGGGACCUUGAAAGUCUUAAAAACAGCAGCUGUGUGUCUUCUCAAAAGAGGAAUUUCACCAAUGGGUAGCUCGACAGUGGUGUACACAUGCAAGAAAACAGGAUCUCAUUUUGUAAAUGGUGUGUAAUGUACAGGGCUUAAUGUAUUAGGCCACCUGUCAUAAUUAAGCGAAUGUAUUUUGGGAAUCUGUCAAAAGCAGAAACAACUAAAUAGUUUUAAUUCACACAACCAAAAGACGUAAUAUUUGUAUGGCCUCCUUUGGCCUUCAUAACGGCUUUCAAUCUUGCUGGCUUUGUUUUUAUGUACUUUUCUACAGUCUUUUUUAUUAUUGAUUGGGAUCGGGCAUCUGAAUAAAAAUGAUAAAACUUUUUAUGCAAAUUUUAGCAUUUGAAAUGCUACUGUUACUAAAACGCUUACACAUACUGGUUGAUAAACCAUACUAUACCGUAGUAGAGCAAUUCAUCCAAAGAACUUUGAGAUAACCAAAGGGAUAGUUCACUCAAAAAUGAAAAUGCUUUCUUCAUUUGCUCACCCUCAUGUCAUUCCAAAUUGAUAUGAGUUUCUUUCCUCUGCAAAACACAAAAGAAGAUAUUUUCAAGAAUGUUGGUAACCAAACAACAUUGACCCCCAUUGACUUUCAUCCCAUGGGAACAAAACAAAGCGGGAGAUGAUCUAAAAAAAAAAAAAACUUUGUUGCAAUUUACCAACAAGGAGUCUCAGAACCGUUAUCAUACACACACCGCAGCUGUGUGUCCGGGAUUCUACACAGUAUUCUGUUAUCUGUGUGAGCUCCCCCUCAUCUUAUCAAACCUCAUAGGCAUGCAAUAUCCAUUCACUGUCCAUCUACAUUCACACGUCCACCCGCAUGCCUCGAAUACCCACUGUUACUCCAAGGACAAGCUUUCGUGGAAGCUUGGGUUCUGUCGGGACACUGGGAGGUGUAUAUAAAUCACAUCGCCUUAGCUGACCCACCCCAAAACAAGUGCUGGACAGCGAUGGAAUCAGAGAAGAUGCUCGUGCAGGCAAGAAUUUGCCUGAUGCUUUUACUGGGUUUGACUGGGUCCUAUAGUACCACGGUGGGACAUGCGGAGCAGUCAGGUCAGUGACCUCCAAUGGUUUUAAAUCUGCGUCCCAAUUCUUUUUAAGAUUUCAAGUUUAAUUCCAAGUCAUUUUGACAUGUGAUAGUAAAAUAGUCAAAAUUCUUUGUUUAUUAAUGUUGUUUCUGGAAUUUAAAGAAAUUUAAAAUUUUGUUAUUUUUUCAUUGGCUGCUAUGCAGGCAGCGCUCUAGAGAACUCCUAAAAUGGGAUGUUUUGGUCCGUUCACACACCCUAAAAUGUUUAUAUAACUGACUUAACAGGACACAAUGGUGAGGAGGGUGAUGUCAGAUGUGCUGCACAUUUGCCCGAAAUUGUCGCUGAACACCCGAUUGACCCACCUGCCCAUUCAACUCAUGCC